ACAAGGAUCAGUACAAGGAUCAGGUGAUGAUGGAGGAUCAGCAGCCCCUCACAUCAGCAGUCAGAUCCAGUAAGAGAACAGCAGCAGAGAGGUGUCCCCGUCCUCUUCUUCCACAGGAUCAGGCAUGAAGAAAGAAGAAGACGAGACAGAUGUGAGCGGUGAUGAGCAGUAUAAGGAGGACAUUCCUACAGGGAAAUAUCUGAUCUAUAUUAAUACUACAGGCAUGAAGGAAGAAGGUGACGAGACAGAUGUGAGCGGUGAUGAGCAAUAUAAGGAGGACUUUCCUACAGGGAAAUAUCUGAUCUAUAUUAAUGCUACAGGAAUGAAGGAAGAAGGUGACGAGACAGAUGUGAGCGGUGAUGAGCAGUAUAAGGAGGACUUUCCUACAGGUAACCACCCAGAUGACUGUACCAGGAGAUCAGAGGAGAAUCUUAUAUCUUCAUAUUAUAAAGCAGAUGAUGAUAUCACACAAGAUACAUAUGAAGAACAUUCCAUUAUCCCAGAUACACCCUCAGCCCUUCACAGCCAAGAUCUCUCAUCUCAUCCUGUUAUACAAGUCCCACCUAAAGAUUCAUUACAGGCUGUUAAGCAAAAUAGAAGUAAUAGAAGCUGUAAUAAACAUCUAAAAACUCGCAAAAUGGAGAAACAUUUUUCAUGUUCAGAAUGUGGGAAGUGUUUUUCUUGGAAGUCGGAACUUGUUAAACAUCAGAGAACUCACACAGGCGAGAAGCCAUUUUUAUGUUCAGAAUGUGGAAAAUGUUUUACUCAGAAAUCAAAUCUUGUUGAGCAUCAAAAAACUCACACGGGAAAGAAGCCAUUUUCAUGCCCAGAAUGUAAAAAAGGUUUUCUUCGGAAAUCAAAUCUUGUUGACCAUCAAAAAACUCACAAAGGAGAGAAGCCAUUUUCAUGUUCAGAAUGUGAGAAAUGUUUUACUCUGAAAUCAUAUCUUAUUCAGCAUAAAAAAACUCACACAGGAGAAAAGCCAUUUUCAUGUCCAGAAUGCGGGAAAUGUUUUACUCAUAAAUCAAAUCUUGUUGAACACCAAAGCACUCACACAAGGGAGAAGCCAUUUCCAUGUCCAAACUGUGGGAAAUGUUUUGCCUCAAAAUCACAAGUGAAUAAACAUCUAAAAACUCACGCAGGGGAGAAGCCAUUUUCAUGUUUAGAAUGUCAAAAAUGUUUUACUCAUAAGGCAAAUCUUAUUAGACAUCAAAAAAGUCACAAAGGGGAGAAGCAAUUUUCGUGUACAGAAUGUGGCAAAUGUUUUUCUCGGAAAGCACAUCUUGUUGAACAUGAAAAAUGUCACUAAGGAGAGAUGAUAGAUAUAUCCAUGCCAUACACGUGGAAAAUGUUUUAUGCAAAAAUCAAGACUUUUUAAACAUCCAAAAGCUCACACAGGGAUGAUGCCAUUUGCAUGUUCAGAAUGUGGAAAGUAAAAUACUUUGAUGCAAAAUCUUGAUAGAUAUAAAGUAAAUUACACAGGGGUGGAGCCAUUUAGUCCCUAGAACGUAGGAAAUAUUUACCUGGGAAAUCAGAUCCUUGUUGGAAAUCAAAAACACACAGGGAAGAAGCCAUUGUCAUGCUCAGAAUAUGGGAAAUGUUUUAUUCAGAUAUCAUUACACAAUAAAAGCAUAAUAAAAUAUUUAAUUAAAAAAAUUACAAAUGGGAGAAAGUGGGAGCGACUAACUGGGAAAGGGGCUCAACUGUGCUGGGCUCUAGCAAAAGAACGGGAAAGCCCAGUGGGGCCCAAAGACUAAUUUGCAUAUCUAUUUCAAUCUUGGCCCUGGAGGGGUCAAUUAAUGAAUGAAAACUACUUACGGAUUCAGGAUCAAACCCCCUUUACAGUCAUGCCCUUACUUUAUACCCUAAAAACCUGCUGAUGGGUCUGCUUUAAAUAUUAAGGCUGUGUAAAUCAUAUAUGGCAUCUCCAAUUUUGUUACCAAUUUGUUAAUAAAAGUUUAUUUUUAUAACUUCUAUUCAUCCAUCUUAUAGUAGAUCUGUUAUCUAUUAUUAUGUUGCUAAUGCCCCAUAUCAAGAAGACCCAACAGGCAUCCCAUAGUUAGCCAGUAUGGAAGGAUAUCCUUUAUUCCCCUAGAAUUGUGAUCAUUGGUGAUGAUCUGGGUGUGAGAAUCCCCCCAAAAAAGGGAAAAACAAAUAAUUUUUAGACUUUUUUUUUUUUAUGUUCAACUAUUGACAGUGAGAAAUGUUUUUUAAUCACACGUUCCGAGUAGAAGGGCAUGAAAGGAGAUUAUUCAUUUGAAUAAGAAAUAUAUACAAUGAUUAGA